CCCUCACUCCCCUUCUUCCUCUCGGCGAAUGCGGUUCUGAUGAAUUGCAUAGUUCCGCAGGCGCACCAGAACGGCCGCCACCUCUACGGUGGGCCGCCUCCGCGCACCACCCCCGACCCUACGUCGGCUCCUCCUCCUCCUUCCUCCGAAACCCUAAUCCUAACCCUAAACCGAUCCUCGCGCACGAUAAUUCCGUCCCCUCCGUUGAUCUGGGGGCCCUACGGCCGUCGGGCGUGGACCCCUAUGCUACGCACUGCAGCGGCUACGAUGGCUACCUUGCUGCCGCCGCCGCCGCCGCCGCCACCUGCCGGUGUGGAUUUGACGUCGUACUUUUAUGGGGGCGGAAAAGGGGAAGCACAGGUUUAUUCGGUCCGGCAGUAUGGUUUGAAUAAUCUCAAUUAUGGAGCUGCCCUAGGAAGAAGUUCUGAUGGGUCUGACCCCAGCAGUCUCCAACCUGGUGAAACCCAGGAUCCGGACCAACAAAGUGGCAUACGUGGCAUCUAAAAUUGGUGUAAGGAAGGCUUGAAAAAGACUCCCAAGGUUGUCCAACCUGUGCAUUGUGUGGUUUGUAAGAUUGAUUGUAACAGCCAUGAAGUCCUCGACGACCACAAACUGGGCAAGAAACAUAAAAGAAGCUUGCAGAAGCUGCUGGAGUCAAUCACACCAAAGCCCACAAAUGCUCUAGUGACAACUGCUGGGAAGGAAACUCCAGCCUCUGACAAAGAAAGUUAUAGAUGCACAAACAAAGAGAGGCAGUCCGGGUAUCCAAGCAGGAUUUGGAAACGAAUAAAAGAAAGGUUUUGGGAGGGGCAUCUGCAGAUCCGGUUAGAGUUUGAUGUCUUUGCAAUGUUUUGCAACAGCCAGAAAGUAUUUGAUUUAUGUAUUGCAGGGCAGAAACACCUUGCUAUGGUGAAGAAACAGCAGGAGACAACUGUUAGCUAGAUGCAAUCUGUAUGGUAAAGGCACACUAUCAAUUCUUGUGGAGUGUUUCAUGCUUUAAAUGAUUUGUUCCACUAUGUUCUCAACCUGCUAUAGGACUUUGGGGUUACAUGAUCACAUUCUGGCUAUCAGAUAUGGCAGACAAGUAACACAAGUUUUUGGAUUAUUAAGUUUCGGUCAUGCCAUUGCAUGUUUGAACCAUCUGCUUGUAGUCUGAAAAUCAUACUUGUACAGUUUUUUCCCGUUUUGAUUUUUCAAGUGGAGUAAAUGGAAAACAUGGUAUGUGUAGGAAUUUUU